AUGCAUCUUCCAACCCUUCUUGGCGGGUUAACCGCGAUUAGCGGCCUGACCCUGGCCGCCACUACUGUCGGCGAAGUUGAUAUCGAGCCCGAGGACUUCACCGUCACCGGUGCAUUGAGUGACUUGGGUAUCGAUGUGACCGAGAUCCCUGCCUUAGAGUCCUUCUCCGCAAUCGAGGCGCGAUCAACCGACAAGGCUUGUUCAGUUGCUUGUUCGAGUCUGAGCUUCUUGUUCGGCUCCAAGGUCUCCGCCCAAUCGAGCGCUGGACACAGCAACUUCACCGAUUCAUUCUGGUCCGUGCAGCAAGAGGAGGUCGAGCCUUUCUGUGUGUUCCGUCCUACCAAGAACACGGAUGUCAGCGCUGCAGUCCUGCUGGCCCGUUUCACCGGCUGUCACUUUGCCGCUAGAAGUGGUGGCCAUGCUGCCUUCACGGGCGCGUCCAGCGCCCCUGGCGGAAUCAGCAUUUGGUUCAAGGAUAUGAACGCGGUCACGCUUAACGCGGAUAAGUCGGUCGCUUCCAUUGGUCCUGGAAAUAACUGGCUGUCCACUUACUCCGCUCUUGAGCCCUAUGGCUUGGCUGUCGUUGGAGGUCGUGCCUCUAGCAUCGGUAUUGGUGGUUUCGUUCUGGGUGGUGGCAUCUCCUACCACUCUAACCUGUACGGAUGGACUUGCGACAAUACCGAGAGUUUCGAGGUCGUCACUGCUAGUGGUUUGAUUGUGACUGCCAGUGAGACUUCUUACCCCGACCUGUACUGGGCUCUGCGUGGUGGCGGCAACAACUUCGGUCUUAUUACCAAGUACAACCUGUACACAAUCCCCGCCCCGACAAUGUACGGAGGUGCCAGAAUCUACCUCCAGCCCCAGUUCCACGACGUCGUCACUGCCUUCGUCAACGUGGCUCACAACGCCUCCGUCGACCCCAAUGCUCAGCAAUUCGUCGCCUUCCUCGAGAGCAAUGGAAUGUACAUUGCCACCGCCGAGCUGACCUACAACAAGGACGAGUCCAACCCGGAAAUCUUCAAGGAAUACCGCAACAUCUCCGCCAUUGCCGAUGGUACCAGCACCAAGACCCUGGUCGAGUACGUCAAGUACCUGGAGAGCGAGAACCCCUUCGGCUAUCGUCAGGCGUACUGGCCCAUCAGCGCACAGUUGGAUGAGGAAUUCUCCAAGUGGGUCGUUGAUCGCUGGUUCGAGGCGAUCCCCGAAGUUCUCCAUCUCGCCGGCUCCCAGCCCGUGCUGAUCUACCAAGCCAUCACCGAGCCCAUGCUGAAGAACAUGAAGAACUACGGCGGCAACCCUCUCGGUCUCGCGGAUAAGACUGCCCCCCUUCAUCUCAUGCACAUUUCCUUCCGCUGGAGCGAUAUCUCUGACGAUGACACUGUCUACGCUUUCAUCCACAGCUUCAUGGAGAAGGUGACAGCCCAGGCCAAGACCCUUGGCAUCUUUGAUGAGUACAUCUACAUGAACUACGCCGGCAUCUACCAGGACGCCGUUUCUGGAUACGGCGCCGAGAACAAGGCUAAGCUGAAGAGCAUUGCCAAGAAGUACGACCCACGUGAGGUUUACCAGACUCUCCAACCUGGAUACUUCAAGCUCGAUGGUACUCCUAAGACUCCCCCGUUCUAG